AUGAAGUGUUUUGAACAGAACUACUUUGAUUGGCAAGAGGUGACUCCACUGGUAAAGGAAGCUUGGAGGCGUAAGGCUGCAGAGCGCUACAAGGCGCUAAUGUGCAAUGUCAGGAAAGGAAAAUCCAAGGGGGAGUUGGGGCUGCCAUCUCUAGACACCACAGGGUUCAUUUCACAUGCUACUCACGCAGAUAGAAUGGAAGCCAAGCUUGGCCGAAGACCUUUUCCUUAUGAACUUUUCCAUAAGACCCACACUAGGAAAGGCACCUCCGAUAUGGUUGAUUCACGAGCGCAAUCAAUUAAGGAUGCAUUUUUGGCGCUUAAGGAGCAGUCGUCUCAACCACAAGAGGGGUGCAAUGACCCUCCUAUUGUAGAUGAGGUCGCACUAUAUUAUCAAGUUGUGGGGGGGGAGAAGAAGAACAGGGUUUAUGGCAUUGGAUCUCAAGCAUCAAUUUUUUACCCUAGCUCAUCACAUGGAUCAUCUUCUACUGCAUCCUAUUGCGCUCAGUCGGAGGCAAUGGAGGAAGAGAUUCAACAAUUGCAUCAGACUGUUGCAACGCUCAAGGAUAGUUUGGUUGCAAUGGAGGAGAGAGACCGACAACGCGAGUUGAUGCUAGAGGAGAGAUAUAGACAACGUGAGCAGACACUGGAGGAGCGCAUGCAACAAAUGAUGCAAAACAUGAUGGCACAAAUGAUGCAGAGUACGCAGUUUACAGCCCCAACUCCAGAUGCGACUCAUCAGGAUGAUGGUAGAGAGGCUGAUAGUGGUGAUGAGUGAUGAUCUUGUUAAUGACAAGUAGCUUGUUUUUUUUGUUAUUAUGAUAUUUUAUUUUUCCAUACAGUACAUUAUUGUCAUAACCCUUCACUGUCAUAUUUAUAUAUAAUAUUGACUGAUAUUUGAUA